UGAGAAUUUAAUUUUUUUUAUAAGCAUUUGAAUUUUAAAGAAUCCCAUCUCAAUUGUUCAUCAAAGUAUCCAUUGUUCUUGCAGGUUGGCAUACAACAUAAACCAGAUUACUUGAAUGCGAGAACUACUAAUCGUGUUCUUGUUGAUGUACAGAAGGACAAGGUGACAAUGUGUCCAUUACCAAAACUUCCACAGCAUAGAGAGCUUUUCUCUCAGCUGAGUUCAAUUCAUGCUAGACUUUCAAAUCAACGAUCAAUUGCUAAAAAGCAUCCUGUACAUAGGUGCAACGAAGUCCAGGCCGAAGCUGCAACUCAGUUUUUGAAUAUAUUGUGGCACUAUUUGGAGUCUCUUUGUUUAAAUCUGAAAUCCCACACGAUAACUAAUGUACAAUCUAAUAAAGAUAGGGUUUCUUUACUUCUUAAAGAUAGCUUCAUUGAUUCCUUUCCUGCUAGGGAUCAACCUUUCAUUAAGCUUUUUGUAGAUACACAGCUCUUCACUGUUUUAUCAGACUCUCGUUUGACAAGCUUUGAGAGUGGAGAGUCAUAGUCCCGUGCCACAUUGGUUUUAGAUCAAAUUGUGCUAUAUAGAUCUGUUAGACAUGUUUGUUGUCACUGUUGAAGAUAUAGCUCUUGAUUUCAUGGGAGGAACACCUCCAGUUCAGACCAGAUGAAACUUUGCUAAUCCGAGAAUGACACAGAAAGUUGAUAUGUGGUCAAAAAAAUUUGUAUAAUGUUCAUAGUAAAUGUCAUGUACUAAAUCAUUGUGCUAACCCAGGGGAAAGAAUCACUGUCCCUGUUUUUUGUUGAGGGGUGUGUUCUUGGGUUCACCAGUUCAUGUUUUGUAAUUCAGUAAUUGUGACCACUCUCCUUGUAGCAUACGUGUCAUAAUCUUUUUAUUGAGCAAACCACAGUUUUGCUUCCUAAAACUGUAAUGUAUUGUCGUAUUAAAAUCAUGAAAAUUCUAAGUUGAUGAAAGUUUUUAUUA